AUGACGGUUGGAAUUGUAGAAAUGUCACAAGGUGUUAGAUCAGUUCUAAUUGAAUUCGAUGGUUAUAAAAUUUCUCAAGCAACUCUUGUGAAGACAUUAUUAUUUUAUGAAAAUGAAAUAUGCUUUGAUUCCAACUGGGUGGUUCCCUCUAAGGUAUUUAAACUUCCAAUAGCCUUUGAAGAAAAUAAAACUUUAGCUUGUGUUACCAGAUAUCAAGGGACUAUACGUUCUUCUGCACCUUGGUUGUCUAGUAAUGUUGACUUUAUUACAAAUGUCAAUAACAUAUCUCGCCAAAAUAUAUAUAACAUGAUGUAUUCUGCCAGAUUUUUAGCCUUAGGUUUAGGUGAUGUCUUUUUAGGAUCACUAUGUGCUGUUCCUUUAGAUCCAAGACAAAGGCUUCUUGGAAGCAAAUAUAAUCCAUCAAGAACAUAUACAGAGAGAGGUGCUAUUGGUUUAGAGGGCAUGUAUAUGUGCAUUUAUGCGACAUCAAGUCCUGGAGGAUAUCAGUUGGAAGGUAGAACCAUUCCAAUUUGGGACAAAUUAUCUCUAUCCAACUUUAACAAGAAAUAUCCCUGGAUGUUGACACCAUUUGAUCAAAUACAAUUUUAUCCUGUUUUGGAAAACGAAUUAGAAACACUAACUGAGGAAACAGAAGCUGGUAUAUUUGUUGUCGAUGUUGAUGAGGGGACCUUUGAUCAUGGAUUGUACCAACAAUGGUUAAAAGAAAAUGAAGGAUCUAUUAAUGCAUUCUAUGAAAAACAAGCGGGGGAAAGAAAGGAUAAUUUUAUCAAAUUAGUUCAAAAUUUAAAUAAAGAUUUAUCAACUCAACAAAAUUCUUGGCACCAACCUGACUCAGAUGAAUAUCCUGAGAAUGUUACUUUAAUCUAUUCUGAAUAUUUUGGUAGAUUUUAG